UCCAGGGAUGGGGUAAGACAGGCAGCUGUGAGUGAAAACAGUUGAGCUUGCAUCCCAACCACAGCUGGGCAGUUUGCAGAUGUUCCUUUGGGAGAGACCUCCACAGAUGGUGACCAUGGGCACUGGGGUGUGCCUGUUGGUGGUAGAAACCAGAGACAACCUGGGGUUUGGCUUCACAGAUCCAUCUGCACUUGACUAGCUUCUGGCCAUCAGAGAAGGAGCAACCCUUUUGCUAGGAGACCUACACUGCAAGUGAGGCCAGAGUUGACCUUGAAGUUGAGGGCCAAUGAAGCUCAGAGUAGCACAGACACUGGGCACUACCCCCAGGCAUUAUGAAGUUCUUCUUCUGUUGCUGCUGUUGGGCCUGGUGGAUGGUGUCUACCACAUACUUUCCCCAAGCUCAGCACAAAGGAGCAGAGCUGUGGGUCCUGGAGCUUCAGUGGGAAGCAGCAGGCCUAGUCUGUGGACCCUUCCAGGCAGGUUCCUGUUCCAGAUCAUCCCACAAAGAACAGGUCCCAGGUGCUGGCCCCGUAGGCUUCCAUCUGAGUCCCAGUUUUGGUAUAUCUUUGGUGCUGGGACCCAGCUCACAAUCCUAGGUCAGCCCAAGUCUGAGCCCUUGGUUACUCUGUUCCUGCCUUCCUUAAGGAAUCUCCAGGCUGACAAGGCCACACUGGUGUGUCUGGUGAGCGAAUUCUACCCAGGUACUUUGGUGGUGGACUGGAAGGUAGAUGGGGUCCCUGUCACUCAAGGCGUAGAGACAACCCAACCCUCCAAACAGACCAACAACAAGUACGUGGCCAGCAGCUACCUGACACUGGUAUCUGACCAGUGGAUGCCUCACAGUAGAUACAGCUGCCGGGUCACUCAUGAAGGAAACACUGUGGAGAAGAGCGUGUCACCUGCUGAAUGUUCUUAGACCACAAUCCUCCCUGCGACCUCAGGGGCCUGGAUCUGAAGUGCCAGAAAAAGUUUUUUCUUUCUUUCUUUCUUUCUUUCUUUCUUUCUUUCUUUCUUUCUUUCUUUCUUUCUUUCUUUCUUUCUUUCUUUCUUUCUUUCUUUCUUUCUUUCUUUCUUUCUUUCUGCCAUUAAUCAUCCCAUUGUCUUUCCUGUGCCUAAUACUCAAUAAAUAUCUUACCACCAACAAGAGAGUCUCACUUGCAUGCCCAGGGAUGCAGAGUUGGGAACCCAAUGGGAAACUAACCCAGAGGAGAGUUCCUAAUUUGAGCAUUGUCUGGGAAAUAGUGUUAUUGCUAAGAUUCCUUCCCAGGGGAGACAUACGCAACGUGUGCCCCUCCUCUUAAGGUCCCAAUGGCAAGUCAAGGUAUGAUUCCACCAAAGUUCAUUUUGGGAAACCAGUGAGUUUCUUUGCUUCCUUACAGAGCAUGGAUGAGGGGUUACUUGCCUGGAUGUGGGUGCUCCUCCCUCCUAACAGGCUGCGCCUGAAAAACCUUACCCAUAAGGGUAAGGACCUUUCUAUGCCCUCAUUAAUUAAGGCAGAAAAGUAUUCAACAGAUUGAAGGGAAG